GGAGAGGAGCUGACUGUCCAGACCACGAGUUUCCUUAAGUGCAGAGACUGUCUUCUGGAAAGUGAUAUCUCCUAAGGAGGAAGCCCAGGGAGGAGGAAGAGGAAAGACAAGGAGCAGGGAUGGCGGUUGUGACUCAGUUGACAUUUGAGGAUGUGGCGGUGGAUUUCACCCCAGGGGAGUGGCAGUGCCUGACCCCGGCUCAGCGCGCUCUGUACAGGGACGUCAUGCUGGACACCUACAGGAACCUGGUCUUUGUGGGAGUCUCCCCUCCCAACAUGAGUGUGCUUUCGCUGUUGGAGCUCAGGAAAGAGUCCUGGAUGGCACAGAGCCACAUGACAACUCCUAGAGAGCUAAGUGGUUGGGAACGAGCCAAACGUGUGUGCGCAGAUACCUCUCCUAGAUAUGUAAUUAAAGAAUUACCACCCAGCGCGGGCAGCAGUAGGGGAGAAGUAUCCCAAAGUCAUGACUACGGAGGCACUGACGAGUUUUCCUGGGAAGAAGUCCAGAAAGCUCCACCACGCACUCGGAGAAAGCAUCACAAAUGUGGGGAGUGUGGCAAGGUGUUCAGAUACCCCUCGGUCCUGGAGCGGCACCGGCUGAGCCACACUAGGGAGAAGCUGCACCACUGCACCAUGUGCUGGAAGUCUUUCUCCACACGUUCUCGUCUCUUGGUUCACAAGCGAAGCCAUAGUGAUGUGAAGCCCUAUUCUUGUUUGGAGUGUGGGAAGACGUUCUGCAGGGCCAACAGGCUCACUGUGCACCGCAUGAUGCACACUGGGGAGAAGCCAUAUGUGUGUGAAAAGUGUGGCAAGGCCUUCCGAGUGCCUGCUACUCUCGCAGCACACCAGGCUAUGCACACUGGACACAAGCCCCAUAGGUGCGCCACGUGUGGCAAGGCGUUCAGCUACAGCUCCAGCCUUCUCCGGCAUAGCAGGAUGCACACUGGAGACAGGCCAUUCCGGAGUGUGUGUGGCAAGGCCUUCAUGCGUGGAUCCCGUGAAGCACACAAGGCUGUUCACAUUGGAUGCAAGCCACAUAAGUGUGAGGAUUGUGGGAAGGUGUUUGACUACCCUGGUGCCCUACUCCUGCACCGAAGGACACAUACUGGGGAGAAGCCACACCACUGUACCCAGUGCGGGAAGGCAUUUGCACAGAAAAAUGACCUGGCGCGCCACCAGAGGACACACACCGGGGAGAGACCAUUCGUGUGCAGUGAGUGCGGGAAAGCCUUUAAAUCCCAGACAGAACGCCACAGCCACCUUGCCAUCCACACAGGACAUAAGCCCCACCAGUGUACAGAGUGCGGGAAGGCAUUUUUCCGGAAGACGAAUCUGGUGCGCCACCAACAGAUCCACAUCAGUGAGGGCCCGUACGAGUGUGACAUAUGUGGCAUGGUGUGCAGGAGGCGCUCUAACUUCACAUGCCAUCGCAGGCUUCACACCCAAAAGAAGCCCCGCCAGAGGGCAGCAAGGCGUGAGCCAUCCAUGCAUGGACGUUAA